AUGACCUUCGAUAGUCAGAAGAAUCAUAAAGGAUUUUUUAAGCAUCCUUGGCAAACAACAAUCAAAGAUCAGUUUGUUUCUUCCAUCAAAUAUGGUCAUAACUCGGUAUAUAAUCCACACGAUAAGACGGAAGUGAAACGAUAUAAUGCUCCUACAAAGUUUACGAUAGUCGGAAAUAGGAUUGCAAAAGAGUUUAUUUACUGUGUAAAAUUAGUAAGUGGACUUUACAAAUACAGAAAAAAUGAUUUCGAAGCUCCAGCAAUACGAGGUGUAAGUAGUGUGGAAUGGCCUCAAGUUUGGAACGAUUUGAAGUUACAAUACGGUGGUCUGGCUUAUUGCAUAACGAGCGAAGUUGCAGUUAUUGUAAACAAAAAAUUUAUAGGGGGCGAAAAAGAGUUAAAAGAAUUGAUCGAAUCAAAGUACAGCUACCACAUACGCCCUGAUUACUACAAAGAAGCAAUUGCAGAAUUUACUAAAUAUGUUGACAACACUGGAAGGCCUUUCGUUUAUAUGCACUUUUACAUCGAGGGGGAUAACGACAUCUCUGGCACUUUGAUUUUCAUGUUGUAUUCAGAUAUAGUGCCAAGAACAUGCGAGAAUUUCAUGCGCUUGUGUAAAACAAAGAGAGGAGGUUACUCCGGUACACCUGUACAUCGGAUAGUAAAGGAUGGUUGGAUACAGUGCGGUGGAUUUAAUUUGAAAUCUACCCACUUAGACUGCGAAAAUUUUAUAAUACCUCAUGAUAGACGCGGUGUAUUAUGUAUGGCUAAUGAUGGCAGGCACAAAGACUGUUCAACUCAAUUCUUCGUGUUACUACAACCUGCACCGUGGAUGGAUCAGAGAUAUGUCGCGUUCGGACAACUCAUCGACGGAGAAAAGACAUUACAAAAGAUUGAAAACGUGCCCACUUGGUACGAGAGUCCGACCUUAAAAAUUAUUAUUUGCCAAGCCGGUCUUCUGAAUCUACAUUGUCAAGAUCUGGUUGUUUGUAAAGGCAUUUAUGAAUAUAUCCAAAAUCAUAUUGAAGAUACUUAUGAAAUCGCUGAUUUUCUACGCGAAUUUAUAAUCAACACGCUAUACAUUGAACUUGAUGACAUAGCGCUUGCUCGACAAUUGAAAGAAGAUGAAGGAGAAACUGAAGAUCGUACGAAUGUUCGAGAAACGAAAAGAUUCAUACGUAGGAAAGAAGACAUAGAGAAACAGCUAAAGAAAGGACAGUCAGCGAAAGAUAUUGACACUGAAUCAUUUAGCGACGAAUUGGAAGAUUAUUUUGUGAAGGGCUACGAGUCGACAAAUCCCUACAAUACAGAGGUGGGGGAGGAGGAAUCACAAAAGUCAAGCUCAUCGAUAGAAAGGCCGAAACAACUAUUUUACUUUCCGUUAGCAGAUGUACCUUAUCCUGAAGAAAUUGGUUCUACACACGACGUAAAGAAAUUUAUUAAAGGCCAUUAUUGUCUGGAAUCGGACCUUUUAAAAGAAACACCAAAGAAGUCGGCCAAGCAGCAAGUUGUGUCGUAUGCUUCGGAAAUUUUUCAGUUCGGCCAGCCUUGUGAAUCCGAAGACAUGUCAAUGAGCUCGCUGGAAUCCGAUGAUGAAAAGGAAAUCCGGAGAUAUAUCAAAUUAAAUGUCGACCGUGUGAGUUUCGCCGGUGAUGUAGUAAGGGCAAUCGCAAGAGGCGGCGGAAAAUUAAACCUAUUCGAAGGCACCAGAAAAUCUGAAAUUAUCUCUGACGACGAUUUUAGAAGGUUCAGAGCAGCGAUGGAUCAUAGACCAUCGGAAAAUCAGGAAAAAAAAGUGUCUAUAAUUGUGCCCGAUUUACCUCAAGGUCAAAUGAGGAUCCAAAGGCGUCCCACAGGCUACCCCAGAAGGGAGCUCAUCGACAAAACAAUUUUAAGCAAAGAUAGUGUAAUUUUACCAGAGGAAGAGGAGGAGUCAGCUAGCCCAACAGGUCAACCGUUGGACCUGAGGAAGGUCCGUAUAGCUCCGACGGUGGUGUCCUCUGUAAAGUCGACGAGUCGCCAAGAGGCGGCCAUCUCGGCGCAAGCCGCGGAUUCUGACUCCGAGGUGCGACGCCGCUCCGUGCUCACGCGACUCAUGAAUGACGUCACCACUAUGGAUCAAAUUGGACCAACUCUUAAAGAUUAUAGGCCAAUGGCGGAGACGAAACAAGGGAACAUAUUACUGACAUUAUCAAACAAUUUCGAGGACAAGGAAGAAGAUGAAAGAGAAAGAUACAUUCAGCCAACAUAUAAAAUCGAAACAGCAUCUUUCGACCGAGUAAUGAAUAUACAGCACGGUAAGAAAAUGGUGCGAAAAGUUUCCUCCGAUUAUGUGAAAACUUUGGGUCAAAUUGAACAAACUGUGGAGAAUUCUAUCCGUAGCAUCGAAUUCGCUAAAAAGAGACCUUCGUUAUCUGUGGCGCAGUAUCAGAAGAAAAAUCAAAUGAUGCGACAAAGUUUGAAGGAAACUAAGGUUGGUAUAAAUAUUUAAUUUUUCAU